AUGAAUGAAACAUAUUAAAGUCUGGUUUAAUAAUAUUUUGAAAAAUUGAAAAAAGCGCUUCCUCAAAAACAAAACUAUUUAAAAGAGACUCUUUCAAAAUUCUAAGGAUAAGAUAAAUCAUAUUUUGGAGAUCACAUCGUUGCUUUUAAAUCAGGAAUGCAAAUAAAAUAAAGUAAAAUUAAGGAAUUGACUUUAACAACCCUAAUUGUAUAAUUUAAUUAAAUUAUAGAACUUAGUAUCAAAAGGUUAUAUUGAUGGUUGUUUAAUGGAUAAUACAAAUAACUUUUAAUAAUUUGAAACGAUGGAAAUAAUAGAUGCUACAGGAAAAAAAAAAGAAUAAUCUAUGAAUGUGAUUGAAUCAUUAAUACAUCUUGUAUAAUAAUGCUUGGUAGAAAAGGAUGAAAUAAUUUCUUUAGCAUUAAAAUUAUUGAUAUCACUUGUAAUGAAUCCUUUUUGUAAUAUGUAAUAACAUGAGUUAACAAAAAUUAUUAAAACUGUUGUGUAUGUUUAUGCACAAUCAAAAUCUUAAAAUAUUGAUAGAUUAUGCAAAAGCAUUUUCUUAUAAAUAAUUUUAAUAACAUUUUAAGGAAGUAAUUGUGAAAGCAUUGUUAAGAUGACAUUAAAUAGUAUAAUAAAUAAAGUUUCAGAUAAUAAAUAAUGUUAAUAUUGUGGAAAACAAGGCAAAUUCGAAUGUAGAUAAAAUAAAGUAACAGUGUGUUCUUAUGGAUGCAAGAAGAAUAUUUAAGAGACAUUAGAAUUACAAUAGAGAAAUUAUGAAAAUGCUUAGAAUGUCUUUGAUUUGCUGAUUAGACUCUUAUCUCCGAAAUAGUAAUUUCAAUAAUAAAGAAAUCAAAUAAUUUUACUAGAGGGUAUUUAUUUCAUAUGUGACAAUUAUGAUUUCUGUGUGGAGAUUAAAAGUAUAUACAAUUUAAGUUCAUACUUGUUGAAAUUCUGUUUAUAAAAUGAAUACUAGUUAUACUCAUUAAGUUUUAAAAUCUUUUAAAGAUUGGCAUUCAGUAAACAUAAAGAAAUGAUAAACUAAAUUAAUAUCUUUAUUAACUAAAUCUAUCUCAGUGUUCUCGAAAAUAAAAAUACUACCGAUUAACAUAAAACAACAACUUUAGAAUCUUUAUGGAAUAUAUUUCAAAGAAAACACGCCUCUCUUGAGUUUUAUUUGAAUUACGAUUGCAGCAUAAAACAUGAAUUUUUAAUGGAAAAUAUCAUUAAUACAUUACAUACUAUCUUUUAAUAAAAUGAAUAAUUUCGUCCAUUGAUUACAUAAAUAUAUCAAGCAAUAAUUAUAGGCAUAGAUUAAACCUUUAAUGAAAAGGCUAUCAAUAUUUCUUAAUAGGAGUAAUAAUAGCCUUAAGAUAUUGAUGAAACUAUAUUUAUAAACUAAUUAGAAAUGUAAAGACAAUAAAAAUAAGAAAUAUAAAAAGGAGUAGAUCUCUUUAAAAAAAAUCCUGAAAAAGGAAUAUCAUUUUUAAUAAAGGCAAAUAUUAUAUAAAAUGAUCCAGUUUCCAUUGCUAGAUUUUUACUAGAGAAUAAAAGUUUACCAAAGGAAUCUGUAGGAUAAUAUCUAGGUGGUCAUCAUUAAAUUAAUAUAUAAGUUUUAAGUCAAUAUACUAAUUUUUUAACUUUUCAUAAUUUAUCUGUAGAAUAAGCUUUAAGAUAAUAUUUGGAUUUAUUUACUUUACCUCCUGAAUCAUAGUAGAUUGAUAGAGUUGUGUAAAAAUUUGCAGAUAAAUUCUAUGAAGACAACUAAAAUAAUUAGAAUUUCCACUUUAAAUCUAGUAGUAGCAUUUAUACUUUUACUUAUCUUUUAGUAAUGUUAUAAACAGAUUUACAUAAUCCUAAAGUUGUUGAAAAAAUGAAAUUAACAGACUUUAUAAAACUAGCUAGAUAAAUAAAUGAUGGUGAAGAUUUACCUUAAGAAUAUCUUACCAUUACAUAUCAUUCAAUUUAAAAAAAUCCACUUGCUGUUAGAGAAUCUAAUACAUCAAUGAAUCCACUUACACCUAACUAAUAUUAAAAAUAGAUGGAAGAACUCUUAAAGAAGAUCAAAGAAUUAAUAAAAAGAUAAUCUGAUUCUAAUUAUAUAUAAAUAGAUUAAGAAACAAUAUUGUUAUCUAAGGGUCUUCUUGAAUCAUUUUCAGUCAAAUUUUUAGAAAUUUUAUUAGUUACUUUUGAAAGUACACUUAAUGGCGAUGCUAUUAUUAAAAGUAUACUUUAAUUGAUUAGAUUAUCUUCUAAAUUAUCUAUGAAAAUAGAAAAUCUAGUAUAAGAUGUUGUAAAAGUUGGCUUAAAUAGUAUAAAGAAAGGAAAUGGUAUGUUAAUGAUUGGUUUAUUAUCUAUAAUUCCAAUAAUUGGUAAUUCUCUACAUGAAUAAGGAUGGAAAUGUGUUUUAGAGGCAGUGAGUUUAAUGGAUGAACAAAGAUAAUUAGAUUCAGAUCAUACAGAUAAAGUGUUUAUGUGUUCAAAAGAUUUAGAUAAUUCAUCAAUUGAGGAAUUUAUUAUUCAACUAUGUUAAUUAUCAAAAUAAGAAAUAUUUUAAAAACAUAGAAUAUAUUCAUUAUAAAAACUUGUUGAAGUUAGUGAUUAUAAUAUGGAUAGAGUAAAAGUCAUAUGGAAUAGAUUAUGGUCUAUUGUAAGUAAUCAUAUUUAAGAAGCUGUUGCAAUAAGAGUUAAAUCCAUUACUAUUUUUGCUGUUGAUUCAUUAAAAUAACUGAAUAUCAAAUUUUUAUAAAAAGAAGAAUUAUAUAAUAUUCAAUUUUAAAGAGAGGUAUUAAAACCAUUUGAAAUAAUUUACAUUAAUAGUGAUAUUGAUGAAAAAGAAUUUGUAUUAUUAUGUGUUAAAUAAAUUCUUCAAAAUAGUAAGACCUACAUAAAAAGUGGAUAUAAGGUAAUAUUUAAUCUAAUUAAUCUUGGAUUAAAAGAAGAAAAUGAUACAAUAUCUAAGUUAGCAUUUGAUCUAUUAAAAUUUAUUGAAAUAUAAGAAUUGAUAUUGAUUGAUUUGAUUUAAACAUAUUAAAUAUUAGGUAAAAAGGAUAAUGAAUAUAUGGCAAUAAAUUCAAUAGAAUUUGUAAAGCAAUGUUAACGCUUUAUGAUAACAUAAGAGUAUAGUUCAGAAAUAUAAUAUAUAUAUUAUUAUUUUUAAUAUAAUUUCUUUAAAAUUAUUUAUUAAAUAAUAUAGGAAUUGAAGAUUUUAAACUAUAAUAAACCUUAUAAGUCCCUCUGUUAGGAAUUCUAUCGAAUUUAGCAGGUGAUAAAAGAAUUCAAAUUUAAACUUAAGCUGUGGAAACAUUAUUUUAUAUUUUAGAAGAGAAAGGCAGUUUAUUUAAUGAGGAGUAUUGGAUAAUGAUAUUUUCUUCUGUUUUAAGACCUAUAUUUGAUGAAAUUUAAUUUACUUUAAGCACAAAUCCAGAACUCAAUUAAUAUUGGUUUAAGGAUAGUUGUCAAAAAGUGUUUUAAAAUAUUUCAAGUCUCAUUAAAAAGCAUUACACAAAGUUAAAAGGAUAAUUACCAGAUUUUCUAAAAUUAUUUCAAAAUUGCAUUCAAAAUUAAAAUGAAAAAUUAGCACAAUUAAGUAUUUAGGCUUUUAAAACCAUGAUUAUGGAUAAAGGACUAUAAUUUGAAUAAAAAGAUUGGGAAUAAAUAUUAUUAUUUAUAUAGUAAAUGCUUAAAUAUACAAUACCAACUAAACUUAAGGAUAUUGAUUAAUCAACUAUUAAAUAAGAAUAAUAAUUUAUAGGAAUACUGAAGAAAUAAAAAUCAAUUUAAAGUAUCACUAAUAAUAUAAUAAAUGAAUGUUAUAGUUAGUGUGCUUCAUAAUUACUAUUAAUUUAAACUAGCAAAGAUAUUUGUGAGCUUUAUCAUUAAAAUUGGAAUUUAAAUCAAUUAGAUAAUCUAGAGAAGACCUUUUAUGAAUCAUAUUAAUUUGCAAAAUUCUUUAAUUAAUAAAUAGAACAAAGGUAUAAUAUUUGGAAAUCAGGAUUCAUGCAAGAUAUGAAUGUGUUACCUGGUUUACUAAGACAAGAAAGAGAAGCAUUUUCUUGUAUGAUUAUGAUUAUAUAAUUUAAAAUGAAAAUGUUAAAAUAAGAAUAAUAAUAAUAAUCAAAGGAAUAGUUAAACAUAUAGUAAUAAUUGAAUUAAGAAUAAAUAACAGAAUAAUUAUUAAAGGAAUAACAAUUAAGAGAAUAAUAUGAAAUAGUUUUAAAUAGAUAUUUAUAAAUCUUAUUGGAUUCUAUUAAGUAAUUUAAUUCUAAGCAUAUUUAAUUUGUUAAUCAAUAAUAAGAAACUGGUGAUGAUCCUCUAAUUAAAAUAAAAUAAUAUGAGACAGAAAGANAAACCUUAUAAGUCCCUCUGUUAGGAAUUCUAUCGAAUUUAGCAGGUGAUAAAAGAAUUCAAAUUUAAACUUAAGCUGUGGAAACAUUAUUUUAUAUUUUAGAAGAGAAAGGCAGUUUAUUUAAUGAGGAGUAUUGGAUAAUGAUAUUUUCUUCUGUUUUAAGACCUAUAUUUGAUGAAAUUUAAUUUACUUUAAGCACAAAUCCAGAACUCAAUUAAUAUUGGUUUAAGGAUAGUUGUCAAAAAGUGUUUUAAAAUAUUUCAAGUCUCAUUAAAAAGCAUUACACAAAGUUAAAAGGAUAAUUACCAGAUUUUCUAAAAUUAUUUCAAAAUUGCAUUCAAAAUUAAAAUGAAAAAUUAGCACAAUUAAGUAUUUAGGCUUUUAAAACCAUGAUUAUGGAUAAAGGACUAUAAUUUGAAUAAAAAGAUUGGGAAUAAAUAUUAUUAUUUAUAUAGUAAAUGCUUAAAUAUACAAUACCAACUAAACUUAAGGAUAUUGAUUAAUCAACUAUUAAAUAAGAAUAAUAAUUUAUAGGAAUACUGAAGAAAUAAAAAUCAAUUUAAAGUAUCACUAAUAAUAUAAUAAAUGAAUGUUAUAGUUAGUGUGCUUCAUAAUUACUAUUAAUUUAAACUAGCAAAGAUAUUUGUGAGCUUUAUCAUUAAAAUUGGAAUUUAAAUCAAUUAGAUAAUCUAGAGAAGACCUUUUAUGAAUCAUAUUAAUUUGCAAAAUUCUUUAAUUAAUAAAUAGAACAAAGGUAUAAUAUUUGGAAAUCAGGAUUCAUGCAAGAUAUGAAUGUGUUACCUGGUUUACUAAGACAAGAAAGAGAAGCAUUUUCUUGUAUGAUUAUGAUUAUAUAAUUUAAAAUGAAAAUGUUAAAAUAAGAAUAAUAAUAAUAAUCAAAGGAAUAGUUAAACAUAUAGUAAUAAUUGAAUUAAGAAUAAAUAACAGAAUAAUUAUUAAAGGAAUAACAAUUAAGAGAAUAAUAUGAAAUAGUUUUAAAUAGAUAUUUAUAAAUCUUAUUGGAUUCUAUUAAGUAAUUUAAUUCUAAGCAUAUUUAAUUUGUUAAUCAAUAAUAAGAAACUGGUGAUGAUCCUCUAAUUAAAAUAAAAUAAUAUGAGACAGAAAGAGAUAUGUAAAAUCUCAGAACUCUAUUAGAUGUUUCUAUUUUGCCAAAAAUUUUAUUGUUGAGUGAUGAAGAGGUAGUAUGAUUUAAUAAUUUAGAUGAAACUAAAAUUAAAUGAAUUUUAUGAAUAAUUACUGAAUGCAUGUAGUUUUGUUAACGAAUACAGUAUCUUAUAAAUGAGUUGUUAGGAAUGUAAAAAAUGUGGUAGAUGUUUGAAUUAAUAGAAAAAUAAUUUAUUUUUUCAAAUUAAGAAAUGCUUACUAAAAUUGUUUGAGUUAAAAUGA